AUGGAGAAAAGUGUUGGUGUUGUUGAUGGAGUUGACUCCAAGUCUUGCUACAUGCAGAAGUUUAGGCUCUAUGAAACUCGUUCGAGAUUUUACAUGAUCGGAAGAGAUAAAAGCAGAACAUUUUGGAGGGUCUUAAAGAUCGAUAGAUUGGAGCCAUCCGAGUUAAAUAUCGUCGAAGAUCCUACAUUAUACUCAGAAGCCGAGUGUUGUGACAUUUUGAAGCGUAUUCAUGACGGAAACAAGUCCACCGGAGGGCUUAAAUUUGUUACAACUUGCUAUGGAAUCAUCGGAUUUAUCAAAUUUCUCGAGCCAUACUACAUGUUGCUUAUAACGAAAAGGAAGAAGAUUGGCACGAUAUGCGGACAUGCUGUAUAUGCUAUCACAAAGAGCGAAAUGGUUCUGAUUCCACAUCCAAGUGUGCGAUCGAAAUUGGCAUAUUCUAAGGAUGAGAACAGAUACAAGAAGCUUCUAUGCAGUAUGGAUCUUACGAAGGACUUCUUUUACAGCUACUCGUACAACAUCAUGCUAAGUCUUCAAAAGAACUUAUCUGGCCAUAAUGUUAUCGGACAAUCACUUUAUGAAACACUUUUUGUUUGGAACGAGUUCUUAACUCGUGGAAUCAGGAAUACUCUCCAGAAUACUUCCUGGACUGUUGCUUUAGUCUAUGGCUUUUUUAAACAGGUUAACCUUUCUAUAUCUGGCCGUGAGUUCAACAUGAUAAUCAUCGCUAGGCGCUCAAGGCACUAUGCUGGUACCAGAUAUUUGAAACGAGGAGUCAACAAACGGGGUAGAGUAGCAAAUGAUGUUGAAACUGAGCAGAUAGUCUUUGCAGAUGCUAGUGAUGGAUCCCCAAUGCAAAUCAGUUCCGUGGUGCAACUACGGGGUUCGAUCCCUCUCUUCUGGUCUCAAGAAGCCUCGCCAUUGAACAUGAAACCUGAUAUUAUAUUAUCACACAAGGAUGCGAUGUUUGAAGCCACAAAACUUCAUUUUGACAAUCUUGUCACCCGAUACGGAAAUCCAAUAAUUAUACUGAACUUGAUUAAGACUCGUGAGAAAAGGCCCCGUGAAACUAUUCUGCGAACCGAGUUCGCUAAUGCUGUUAAGUCUAUUAAUCAAAAUUUGAGCAAGGAUGAACGCCUGAGGUUUCUUCAUUGGGAUUUGCAUCGACACUCAAGACGCAGCAAGGCCACCAAUGUGCUGUUGCAACUGGGAAAAGUGGCUGCGUUUGCGUUGAAGCUAACUGGCAUCUUCUACUGUCCAGUAACACCAAACAUGAAGCUAGAGGGAUUAUUCCCGUAUUCCUUCUCCGAAAAUAACCAUGUCAUUGAUGAAUCCGUUGCGGUACAAGAUAGUAUAAGCAACGAUGAGAACAAAGAUUACAAUGUCAAACCGAAGACACUUCAAUCAGGCGUGUUGAGGACAAAUUGCAUCGAUUGUUUAGACCGCACCAAUGUUGCGCAAUAUGCUUAUGGACUAGUUGCACUUGGAAGUCAGUUACAAGCAUUAGGAUUUACGGAAGACCCACAUAUUGAUCUUGACAACCCUUUGGCAAAGGAAGUAAUGACAGCUUAUGAGUCCAUGGGAGACACAUUAGCCUUUCAAUAUGGCGGUUCUGCAGCGCACAACAAGAUAUUUUCUGAAAGAAGAGGUCAAUGGAAAGCAGCAGCACAAUCCCAAGAACUUAUUCGAACCAUACAGCGUUAUUACAACAAUACCUAUUUGGAUGGUGCUAAACAAAAAGCAAUUAACAUAUUCUUGGGGCAUUUUCAGCCACAGCAGGGAAAACCAUUACUUUGGGAGCUUGAUUCAGAUCAACAUUACAAUGUUGGAAGUUAUGGCCCGAAUCUAGCCGAUGGAAUCGACGGGUCAUUUAUUAGAAGAUCACAAUCCGAUGGCAACAUUAUUGACGAAAGCGAUGCUACAAUUAGGAAUUUACAUGCUCCAGACUGUCAACACUCAUCUAAAAAUCCCGAUAAACGAUCUCUUUUGAAGUCUGCCUCCGACACAUUCAGUUGUGAAAGUUCUAUUUGCAAUUGCAGGCAAAUUUAUGGAGGAAUGGGAAAAGACCAAUAUAGUGAAAGCGAUCACAUUUGUUAUGCGGAACAUGGAGAUGCAUGUGAUUGCUCCAAUUUCCUUGAUGUGGACUCGCUUUCUUCUGGAAAUUCUUGUGAAGAGGAACUACUUGAAAGGUCAAUCAGCAUCACCUCAGACCAUAUUGUGAAUGAACAAAUAACUGAGGUUCCUGCAAGUGAAUCUGGACCUAUCUUGAAGGAGAAGCAAAGUGAAGAAAAACUGAACAAAAGUGGAAAACAUACUGAUAGCUUUGAAAAGUGGGUGACUCAUGGUGAGAUACUAUAUAUUUGA